AAGCUCUGUCCUCAGUCCUCAGCUCCCAGUCCUCUAGUCUGAGACACCUGGACCUGAGUAACAACGACCUGCAGGAUUCAGGAGUGAAGCUGUUGUCUGCUGGACUGGAGAGUCCACUCUGUACACUGGAGACUCUCAGUCUGUCAGGAUGUCUGGUCACAGAGGAAGGCUGUGCUUCUCUGGCCUCAGCUCUGAGCUCCAACCCCUCCCACCUGAGAGAGCUGGACCUGAGCUACAAUCAUCCAGGAGACUCAGGACUGAAGCUUCUGUCUGCUGGACUGGAGGAUCCAGACUGGAGACUGGACACUCUCAGAGAACGUGCUGGUCUGACCCCCCUCCUCCUUUCAGGGCGGAGCCUGGUGGAGUCCGAUGGUUGACACCAGGUCUGAGGAAGUAUUCCUGUGAACUCACAAUCGACACAAACACAGUGAACAGACAGAUCAAACUGUCUCACAACAACAGGAAGAUGAGACAUGUGGAAGAGGAUCAGUCAUAUCCUGAUCAUCCAGGCAGAUAUGACCCAUGGCCUCAGCUGAUGUGUUCAACUAGUCUGACUGGUCGCUGUUACUGGGAGGUCGAGUGGAGCGGAAAUGUUGAGAUAUCAGUGAGUUACAGAGGAAUCAGCAGGAGAGGAAACAGAGACGAGUGUAGGUUUGGAGAGAACAAUCAGUCCUGGAGUCUGAAAAUCUCUGAUGCUCUUGGUAAUUCUGUCUAUCACAAUAAAACAAAAACAUCUAUCUCCUCCUCUGUCUCUGACAGAGUAGCAGUGUAUGUGAACUGUCCUGCUGGCUCUCUGUCCUUCUACAGAGUCUCCUCUAACAAACUGAUCCACCUCCACACUUUCAACACCACCUUCACUGAACCUCUGUAUCCUGGGUUUGGGUUCUGGCCCUUGUGCUUGCCUGGUUCCUCAUUGUCUCUGUGUUGAAUGUAGCAGAGAGAGAAACGUUCUAAUUGUUGAACAGAUAGUUCAGUCUCUACAAGUCCGUCCGAAAAUUAUCUUUGUAACGAUACACUGAACAUAACGAAUCACUAAGUUUCAUUUAUUUAGUACUUCCUGUCUUAUUGUGAAAUCACUAACAUGUCCUGUCAUUUCAGUCCAAUCACCCUCACCUGGUCCCCACUUACUACCUGCCCCUGCUCUUCCGUGUCAGUAGACCCUGUAUAUGUACUAGAGUUUCCUUUGUUCCUGUGUCUGAUUGUCAUUGUCAUUGUUGUGCGUGCUUUUCUCAUGGUUUUCCUCGUGUGAUCGAUCAUGUAAUUGCCUAAGUCUGCCUUUUGUAGACUGGUAACAAAUUUGUAUUACUGCAGUGUAUAAGAGCACAUUACAUAACGUACAAAGUAGUGUAGCAAAGUAAUAAUAAAGUAUAUUGGUUAUUAUCCAUAAAGUUUGCUGUUGGAAUCUGACAAAAUUAUAACAGCGUACUAUUACAUAUAUUCAUGUUAUACUGCAUCUAUAUCUCGUAUACCCACGAUACAUUUUGAAUUUGCUUGUAACACAAACAAAUGUACACUUGAGUUUCACUAAUCAAGCAGCCAUAUACUUAAAGUGUAUAAAGUACUCUUGAAGUUGUUUCAUUUUACACAUAAAAGUUCACUGAAUACACUUCAAUUUAAUUAAAACUAAAGUAUAGUUGGUAUAAUCAGCUGUUCAAAAAUAUUGUACUUUAAGUUAACUAAUCAUUAACAUGCUUGAAGUAUACUGGUCCUUAGUUCCGCUACUAAAACUUAAUUCUACUUAAACUCUACUUAAAGACAGAGGCGACGAUUAUUACAGGAGAAAAAUGUUGACUUUCACUUUGUGAAGAUUCUGGCAGUGAUGUUCUUUUCUUUUCACAAUAAAAGUGAAUAUCAGUG